AUGGGCUCUCUGACCUGCACAGCCUCCGACCUAGCCCCUCUUCUCCUCACAACCACAACCCUCAACGCCACCACCAUAGCCGAAUUCCUCUGCAGCCGCUUCAACACCAUCAACAUCAAAUUCAACGACACCACCCACGCCAUCGACAACACGUACCUCCUCUUCUCCGCCUACCUCGUCUUCGCCAUGCAGCUCGGCUUUGCCAUGCUCUGCGCGGGCUCCGUCCGCGCAAAAAACACCAUGAACAUCAUGCUCACCAACGUCCUCGACGCCGCCGCCGGCGCUCUCUCCUACUACCUCUUCGGCUUCGCCUUUGCUUUUGGCGCUCCCUCCAACGCCUUCAUCGGCCGCCACUUCUUCGGCCUCCAUAACAUCCCUUCUUUCUUAGGGGGAGAUUACAGCUUCUUUCUCUACCAAUGGGCUUUCGCCAUCGCCGCCGCCGGCAUCACUAGCGGCUCAAUUGCUGAGCGAACCCAAUUCGUCGCUUACCUCAUUUACUCUUCUUUUCUAACCGGCUUUGUCUACCCGGUCGUUUCUCAUUGGUUUUGGUCUGCUGAUGGCUGGGCCAGCCCGACCCGGUCCAAUAAUCUACUCUUCGGUUCCGGUUCCAUUGACUUUGCCGGCUCGGGUGUUGUCCACAUGGUUGGGGGAAUAGCCGGUUUAUGGGGUGCUGUAAUUGAAGGACCGAGAAUCGGGCGGUUUGAUCGAACAGGCCGGUCCGUGGCCUUGCGGGGUCACAGCGCGUCUCUAGUGGUUCUCGGUACGUUCUUGCUUUGGUUCGGGUGGUACGGCUUCAACCCCGGUUCGUUUCUCACGAUCGUUAAGAGUUACGGUGAGGGAGGUACUUAUUACGGUCAAUGGAGUGCUAUUGGGAGGACAGCUGUCACGACCACAUUGGCUGGGUGCACUGCUGCUCUGACUACCUUGUUCAGCAAGAGAUUACUGGCGGGUCACUGGAAUGUUCUGGACGUUUGUAACGGUUUGCUAGGGGGUUUUGCUGCGAUCACCUCAGGGUGCUCGGUGGUAGAGCCGUGGGCAGCAAUCGUGUGCGGGUUUGUGGCGGCGUGGGUUUUGAUCGGGUGCAACAAGGUGGCGGAGAAGCUAAAAUACGACGACCCAUUAGAGGCGGCCCAAUUGCACGGCGGGUGCGGUGCUUGGGGGCUAAUAUUCACAGGGUUAUUUGCAACGGAGGCGUAUGUGAACGAGGUAUACGCUGGCAAGCGAGGAAGGCCCUUUGGGCUGUUGAUGGGCGGCGGCGGGAAGCUGUUGGCGGCCCAGAUUGUGCAGGUUUUGGUGGUGUUGGUGUGGGUGAGUGCCACAAUGGGCCCACUUUUCUACGGGCUCCAUAAGCUGAAGUUGUUGAGGAUCUCAGAGGAGGAUGAGACUCAAGGAAUGGAUAUGACAAGGCAUGGUGGGUUUGCUUAUGUUUACCAUGAUGAAGAUGAUCCAUCCAUUAAACCUGAGUUUAUGAUGAGGAGGGUGGGGCCCACUGAUGAUGCCAGUCCUGCAAUAAUCACCCCAUAA